AUGCGUAUCGUGCACGAAAUCAACAGCCUGACGCCAUCUAUGGAGGGCUGGAAAUCGCAAGUUACACGAAUCAAUUCGCGAUGUGGCUUUUGCGGUCAAACCUUCGUGGCUUGGGCUGAACGAAAUGAUCACCUUGCGCAGCAUUUCCGGGCAGGGGCUGUGAUGAAAGACUGGGGCGGAUGUCGAGGUCUCGACCCGCCUGUAGCUCUGGCGGUAAAAAACGCUAUGCCACCCUAUCUGAUUGGCAUGGAAUCGGCACGGAUGGAGCCUUUCAGCGCUUCUCGCGUGGCGGAUGGCCCGCCAGGGGAAACGGAAGCCAAACCGACGUCCUUUGAGCACCUCACGUCUCGGCUUACCUCGUUCGUGAAUGAAAUGUGCGCCAAACAUACGGCCGUUACGGACGCAAUGUUCCAAAAAGAGGCCCGCUACAUAAUAACCCGCGCCGCUACCUCCAUCGCGAACGAAAGGCCGUCAGUCGUUGCUAUUCAACGAUUUAUACCCAUUGCUUUCCAUCCACGUGUCAUCGGCGAACUUGGUGAGGUAAUUCCUCAGACUAUCCGCGAAUACCAACACAACGGUCUUUUCUUCCGAGUUGAAUUCUGGGUGUAA